UUUGCCUUGUUUCAUCCGGAACGGCUCCGGUCGCUCUCCCGGCGACUGUACUUAAAACCACGGACGCGGCUUCUCCCCAGGGCGUCCCUUGGAUGGAGUCCGCGGGAGCGCAUCUGAUAACAGCUCUUGCAUCCCAUUCGAGGAUCUUCUGAUGUUCCCUGCUGACUGGAGCCUUCAUCCUUCCCCAGAAUGCCCUUUCCGGCCAGCACCACUGAGCGCAGCUCUGAAGACACCAUGGCUUCAGCGCCUGAGGAUUUCCAGCAAGUCCUUUCCAUCGACCAGAUUUGUGCCAUCCGUGCCACCAAUGACUACGUGGAGAGACCUGCCUCAUCCAAGCAAUCUCCCUCCACUCCAUCCCAGUCGCAAGCAGCCCACAAGCAGGAGGUGGCUCAGGAACGCCUGGUGCCCACCACCAUCCAGGACCUUCAGCCUGGCCAGCCACCCCUCCAGCAGCCUCUGAGCCAUUCCAGCACUGCCAGCUCCAUCUCCCACAGCACCACAGCCUCAGAGCAGAGGCUCAUCACACCAUCGCACUCUAGGCACUCGCUUGUCCGGAAUCAGCCCCAAGCAGGCGACCCAAAGCCUGAGGAGCUGCAGAAGGGGACAUCUGAGAAGCCUCGUGUCGCCCAUGCUGGCCACCUCUUCAUCUGCGAGGAAUGCGGCCGCUGCAAGUGUGCCCGCUGCAUGGCGACACGCAGCUUGCCCUCUUGCUGGCUUUGCAACAAGCGCUGCUUCUGCUCACCAGAGAACCUCAUUGACUAUGGGACUUGCCUCUGCUGUGUCAAGGGCAUUUUCUACCACUGCUCCUCAGAUGAUGAGGACACCUGUGCCGAUGACCCCUGCUCUUGUGGCCCGGGAUCCUGCUGUGCCCGCUGGGCUGCCAUGAGUUUCCUCUCUUUGUUCAUGCCCUGCCUGUGCUGUUACUUUCCCACCUUGGGGUGCCUCAAACUUUGCCAGUGGGGCUACGAUGCCUUUAAGCGGCCUGGUUGUCGCUGCCAGAACCACACCAAUACUGUCUGCAGGAAGAUCUCCACCACAACCAGUGGAGCCACUCUCCCUAAGACUUUGGACAAGCCAGUAUAACUUCCCACAGGAAGUGGGCGGGGGGGGGGGACACCCGGCUGUUCUUCAUCAUUGUGUUGUUCCUUCAGGUUCCCCUGCUGGAAUCUUACAGCUUGGGAACAAAGCAGUGAUGGAAUAGCCAGCCAGCUAUGCAAGCUCCCUUUGGAGCUUGUUCCGUGAUAGAUAUAAAUUGUCCCUGUGAGCAAGAUUAGGCUCUAGGGCUUUUAAUAUGUCCUCAACAUUGGACAAGUAGAGUGGGAAGCUGAGGCAUGCACUAAAUCAGCAUGGUUGGUGGUGGUGGAUGGGGGGGGGGAGGGUGUAGUUUUGCUAUAGGAUGGCUCAGGAUUCUGACCUCCAGAAUGCCUUAUGAGUUGCUCUCCUGUGGUGGGUUUUAAAAACAAAACAAAACCAGAAAGGAAAAGGGUAUUUCACCCAAGCACUAUGAUAGCCUGAGAAACAGUCUAUUGUAAAAACAAAACAAAAAACAAAUCCCAUUAUUUUUUCACUUAUGGUACCCAUCCCUAAUGGCUUGUAUUCUGCUCCUUCUGCCAUGCACAAUUUGCAGAUGGGGGAGAGGCUAGCAAAACUGUAGCAAAUGCAAGGUAGCUGGGCCAAGUGUGGGAUGAGCACCUUCAGUAGUUCUAGGCUGGGGAGAUGCAAAACUGUUGAGGGUUGAUAGCCUCCCUAAAAGGAGGAGAAAGCCCAAAAGCUUAUGUGUCUUUUUUAAAAGAAAGGAAGGAAGAUUGGUUCACCAAUUUAGGAUAAAACCUCUUUACUUUUUGUAGGGGUGGCAAAAGUUGGAAUCAUCAUUCACUGUAGCAACAAAGGGGUAGUUUAAAGAGUCUUGCUAGCCUAAAACAAAGCAAGCCCUCAAUCUCCAUUUCCUCCUAAGCUUAUCUGGUACCAGAUACCAUGGACAGUCACUGUGAGUCUAAAGCCAGAAGUGACUCCUUUGGCUGAUCUUAAACUGCAAGGCAUUUCUGGGUCUUGCAGGCAAAAGUCACUUCUAUGGUUGAUGUAUCCUUUCUCCCAUCUCUUCAAGAGCAGAGGCCUUCUCAACCCAGUCAGAUGGCCGGAGUACAAGAAGUAUAUUAUUAUUAUUAUCAUCAUUAUUUUAAAAUUUAGCACCCACGACAGUUUCUCUUUGAAACAGUGAGUGGUGUUGUUGUUGUUGUUGUUUUUAAAAAAAGCUCAAGGGAAAAGAGUUAUGGUUUCCUUUGCCUGAAAACCUUAGCUGUCAGUUAGGUAUAUCCUGCAAUUUGAAUAGAGGGCGGGACAUAUGCAGUGCAAUGGGUUAUGUUUGUCAUUGACUCCUCCCUGCCUAACCCAAAGCACUUUGGUUCCACUUGAGUACAGAAGGAUGAUGUAGGUAUGGCUCAGAAAGUUUUAUGCUAUGACUUUUAGGAGAGACUGACCCAGGAGCUAAGGAGCAGACAUUGUGUGCAGGAGGUUCCAUACUUGGCACCUCCAGGAAGGGCUUGGGAAGGCUCCUGUGUGGAACUUGGAAGAUGUGCUGCCUGUCAAUGCAGAUAGCACUUUGCUGGCUGGAUGGCUGAUCUGAUGAGGUAUGAAGAAGGUGUGAUAGCUCAAAGCAUUAUAUAUACCUUUUCAGGUAGCAGGUAAACCUGUGGGUUAUAUCCAAGACUAGUCCUAUGUAGAGAAUAGGACUGUUGACAUAGAGCAAGCUGUUGCCAUUAAUGGACAUGACUACCUUGGGUUCAUUACUUUUAAUGGGUCUACUCUGAGUAAAACUUGGUAAGGUACAACCCCAUGUCUCCUGUGGUCAAAGGAGCAGUCCCUCUGAUCCCCUGCAACUCCCUAGAUAUUGACUUAAAACAUCUGUCAUCCUUGACCACAGUCUGUGCUGGUGGGGGUUAAUGGGACUUGGAAUCCAACAAGAUAUGGAGGGCAGCAGGUUCCCCACCCUGGCCUUAUAAAAAAAUGGGUGGGGAGAGGGUGGUGGUGACAAAAUGUGUGUUACUCAGACCCUUUGGUUCACAUUCUUGUUCCUAAAUUUGCAUGUUGCUUCUGCUUAUUUUCAUAUUAGUUUUGUAAAUGUUUAACCAAGGCGGGGAUGAGAAACCUUUUUCAGCAAGAAGGCUGCAUUCCCAUGUUGGACAACCUUUUGGGGGGCCACAUACCAGUGGUGGUGGGUUCAGCUGCAAAAGUGGGUGGGGCAUGUGGAUGUGGCUGAUCUGUGUAGAUUCCAAGUCUGCAAAAGCUACAUACGACAUCUCACCAUCCUUGGUCUAGGCAAGCAAAUGACAUUAAUUAUAGUUCAAGGACGCAUUCCAGCCUAGCGAAAUCAUUCAAGGGGCAUGUGGUCCCAAGGGCCAUAUACAGAGGUGUGGAGGGCCACAUUUAAUCCUUAGGCUUCAGGUUACCAGACCUGGACCUAGGGAGUGAAAAGGAGAUGAAAAUGGCCCACACACAUUGCCAUCCCAGAUGAAUGCAUGAUAGGUAGACGCCAAACUAGGCCUGCUCAGCAUGCUCUCUGCUGCUCAGAUUGCAAACCUGUGGCCUGUUAGUCAGGGUUCUGCAAUCCAGCAAAGAAUGGUGACUGAGCCACUGUUAGGUUAAGUUGUCCUUCUAUGAUCCCACAUUGUCCAGGCAUGCCUUAGACCCACCAAAGGGAAUGGUUUUAGAGUUGGGUGUGGUGCUGCUUCCUUUUGAGGGCACUGCAAGUUGGGUGCCCAAGCAUGUAGGCCACAGAAAACACCCCGCCAAUUUCUUCUCAUUGUUUUAGAAGUUGCUUUGAUUAUAUUUUUGAGUGUGCAAUUGUUAGUGACAUACAUUUAUGAUGGCUUGUGAUAACCUGCUAUGAAUGGUGCCAUAGACAAGAUCUGGCUUCUUGGUACAUUUCUGCUAAUGCCAAAGGACUCUCUUAAGCUGUGUGCAUUAUGCCAGUUUCGGGCUGCUUUGUUUAUUGGAGUACUUUAGAGGCUUCUUUCCAGGGGUUUCUUGCACUGUGUUAAGUGGAAUGUGGACAGUGCCAGAGGCUGUUUUUCGUCCAAAUCUUGGUUGCCACUUCUGAUCAUAGUGGCCUCCUAUUUGUGGAUUUGGAAGCAUUAAUGCCUCUUAUUUUGUUUCCUUCUAAAACUUUUUCCCUAUCCCCCCCCCAAAAAAAAGAACCCUGGGAAAAGGGUGGCUUCUUUUUCGAAAAUGGGUGAGAACAGGGCAUGGUUUUUUGCAGAGGUCAGAACAACAUACCCUCCAACAUUUCUCCAAUGAAAAUAGGGACGUCCCAUUCCAUAAUGAUAAUUUUAUUAUUUAUACCCCACACACCUUACUGGGUUGCGCCCAGCCACUCUGGGCAGCUUCAAACAUAUAUAAAACCAAAAUAAAACAGUUAAAAACCUUCCCUAUACAUGAUUGCCGUCAGGUGGCUUGGGGGGGUCGGAUAACUCCAUACCCUCCUACAUUUCUCUGAUGAAAAUAGCGACAUCCCAAGGGAAAGUGGGACAUUCCGGGAUCAAAUCAGAAAUUGGGAUGGCUUCUCUAAAUCAGGGACAUCCCUAGAAAAUAGGGACACUUGGAGGGUCUGCAGAACAACAGAGAUGGUUCUUGUCUGACCCAGUCAGGUCUAAAUAAUCACUCAUGUGUAGCAGUAGAGUCCUUCUCAAAGACCCAUGGACUCUCUUGCUGCCUAGGCACUAGUCACAGUUAGGGGUGUAAGGGGGCUCCUUUUUCCAUUCCUCCCUGUGUUCAUUGUAUGAAGCACUGUUUCCACCGCACUGCAGUUCCUCUUCUACCAAAACCUGUGUUAAUCGUCUUGCUGUCCACUGUGGUGAAAUUAAGUAACUUAUGUAAAUCACAUUGUCAUUAGUUAUUCCACGUCAUCCAUUUCAAUACAAAGCAAAUGUAAUGCAUAUAUAGGAGGUGGUGAUGGGGGGACGCAAACAGUUAGGUAUGGCUAGUAAACUGAAAGCAAAGACAGUGAAUACUGAUUGUAUUUGUUAAAAUGGUUUCUGUUCUGGAUAUGGGAUUAAUAAGUGAACACCAGCAAUUUCUGCUCCCGUUUCUGUUGCAAGGGUGAAACAGCAUUGUAUUUGGUCCCAUUAGUUUGCAUAGCCGCCAAAAAAAGAAUAUUUUGGGUCUCUGGGCCCAUGCAACUCCCUGAAGUAAUGUUGCCUGCUUUCUCCCUUGACCCCUUGUUACAACAAGGUUAUAUCCUCUGUUUGAAAGCACCUGCCCUUUGUCAGGAUGCUUUGAGUAGGUUUAUUUCCUCCUCCAGAAGGCCCCUUGCAUUUGAGAUCCAAAAGGACCACAAUACUAUGGGAUUCAAGACACUCUCACCCUCUGUUGGGUAAAAAAAAAAAAGGCAUUUUGUAUAGUGUGUCCUCUAAAAUUGUGUCCUCCCCCUCACCUCAUACAAAGCAUAAUACCUGCUCAUAAUCUACCAUCUCAUUGUGUAUAGAUAUAUUUUUACCACACUUUUACCAUUAAAAAAAAUAUUUAUUUGAAAUGUUUAUUUUAAAGUUAUUAAAAAUUGCAUCUUAAUGUAUUUAUUAUAACGCUCUUAGUUGUGUGCCUCUUUUCCUCUCUUUCUCUCGCAAAUCUAAUUAAGCUGUUGCUGAAACAAUGCUGAAAUUUGAAAAAAAAAAUUCUAUGGGUGGUGUUCGAAACCACUUCAAUGCAGCUAUUCAAUAAAAUAUAUAUUAAUUUUGAA